GCUGAAGUACCUACUUUGUUACACGCGUAAAGCGUAUACUUCCUACUCCGUGUCAUUUCGUCUGUUAUGCCAUCUCCAUCUAAAGCAUCAAUUUACUGGUUUAACAACACCAUGGACCGCUAUCUUCAUCCUGAUUACCUCAACACUGCUUUGAAUGCUUCAGAUGCCUCUAAACAGUGGACGAAUUGACUUCUAACAUUCAACGCCUUCUUAAAACAUGCUUGUCAACUUGCUGUCUCCUUCCAUAUAUCAACAUAUCGUUGAAUGCAAAGCCUUCGAAAGUACUGUUUCGCUUCUUCGAUCCCCACAUAUGUGUCCUAAAAAUACGGUGUCGGCUCGAUAUCUUUUAACCACGUGCAAGCAGGAAUGUGUACAAAAGAUCAGUCAGUUUGUGGGAGGCAUCCAACUUUUAGCGAAGGACUACAGUUUUUGCGCGCGCUCUCUCUCAGCUGACGGUGCCAUGCGUGAUGCCCUUAUAGCCGCAUUACAGUCAAAUUACAUUCGAAUGAGGCUCCUGAAACAACCAGUCUUAAGCUUUCACACUAUUUAUGAAAUAGCAACGUCGUUGGAGUUUGCUCUGAAACAGUCACAUAUUUACGGAACUGAAAUCAUCCUCUGUACCUCGAAAACGUUUGUUCCAGUAACUCAGGCGAGACCGAACCGACUGUAUCAGUCGUAUGCAGAAGAAAUUGCUAUUUCUGCGGAUAUCAUACAAACCCCCUUGAAGUGUCCCGCGAAAAAUGGCAUUUGCAAAACUUGCGGGAAACGGGGCAUUUCAAACACCUGUGCAAAUCCAAACCCGCCAUUUUGUCCAUUACUUCAGUACCACAUCCAUGUUUUCUUGUUGUGACAACCACAACUUCAGGCUGCUUGUCACGUACAACAGUAAAAAUGCUUGCAAGUAACACCAAACUGUAUGGCUUGACUGAUACUGGCAUCUUUGAUAGUUAUGUGUCUCAAGUCGUUGUUUAAUCUCACCUAUGGAAAAUCUAUGCUUGUGACUUCAAAAUCACUAUGGUUUCCACCUCUCCGUUGUGCGCCGUUCACAGAUACAGUAAUGUUCGAAUUUGCUACCAAAGCGUUGUAUACGACGUUCGGCUUUCCGUUAUUCGCAAUCGGCCAUGACUAACUUGGCUUGUAAAACAAUGUGGCAGUAUCAUUCGGUGGAGGACGCGGCACUUUCUCGCUGGGUGGACUAACAGCAGUUGACAUCGAAUCAUCUCUACUACUUGCCAAAUUAUCAUGACUGCAAACCGUUCGCUACAAAGUGCCGUUGACACUCGAUUGAUGAUGAUCAUUGUAUAAAAGCUGAAAUAUAG